AUGUUCUCCGGCGGCACCUCAAGCUCAAGGUCACAAAGAUCCUCCAUCUCGCCUUUCCGCUCCCGGAAGCCUGCGGGGUCCACAAAGCCCCCUACGGCGUCUUCUCGGCCGGCCACCCCUUCUUCUUCCACGACGUCGUCUCGGCCCACCCCGUCCAAGCCCUCUCUGUCUCCGCCCUCUUCCUCUGCCAGCCCCAACCCGCCGUCCCCGCCCAAUGUCUCCAAGUCCAAGGAAAAUGUCACCGUCACCGUCAGGUUUCGCCCCCUCAGUGCUCGUGAGAUUAACAAAGGGGACGAGAUAGCGUGGUAUGCAGAUGGGGAUUAUACCGUGAGAAACGAGUUCAAUUCUUCCAUUGCUUAUGGCUUUGAUAAGGUUUUUGGUCCGGCAACAACAACACGCCAUGUCUAUGAUGUUGCUGCACAGCAUGUUGUCAGUGGUGUUAUGCAAGGGAUUAAUGGUACUGUGUUUGCAUAUGGUGUUACUAGUAGUGGGAAGACGCAUACAAUGCAUGGGGAGCAAAAGUCACCUGGAAUUAUUCCACUGGCAGUGAAGGAUGUUUUUGGAAUUAUACAAGAGACACCUGGGCGGGAGUUUCUUCUUCGUGUUUCAUAUCUGGAAAUUUACAAUGAGGUCAUAAAUGACUUACUUGAUCCAACAGGACAGAAUUUACGAAUAAGAGAGGAUGCUCAGGGAACCUAUGUUGAAGCAAUCAAAGAGGAAGUUGUUUUAUCUCCUGCUCAUGCUCUUUCUUUGAUAGCAACAGGAGAAGAACAUAGGCACGUUGGUUCUAAUAAUUUCAAUCUACUUAGCAGUCGCAGCCACACUAUAUUCACAUUGACUAUUGAAAGCAGUCCACGAGGUGAGAAUCAUGAUGAAGAAGAUGUCACCUUGUCCCAGUUGCACUUAAUUGAUCUUGCAGGAUCAGAAAGUUCUAAAACUGAAACAACUGGAUUGCGAAGAAAGGAGGGUUCAUACAUCAAUAAAAGCUUACUCACGCUUGGCACUGUGAUUUCUAAAUUGACAGAUGGAAAGGCAACUCAUAUUCCAUAUCGAGAUUCAAAACUCACUCGUUUGUUGCAGUCAUCCCUCAGUGGUCAUGGGCGUAUAUCUCUCAUUUGCACUGUGACCCCUGCAUCUAGCAAUAGUGAGGAAACACACAACACACUGAAGUUUGCACAUCGGAGUAAGCGCGUGGAAAUCAAGGCUUCCCAAAAUAAGAUUAUGGAUGAAAAGUCUAUUAUCAAGAAAUAUCAGAGGGAGAUUUCCAGUUUAAAGCAAGAACUUCAGCAAUUAAAACGUGGCAUGAUGGAGCAUCCAAAUACAGUUAUAUCUACUCAGGAAGACCUGGUUAAUUUGAAGCUUCAGCUGGAAGCUGGUCAGGUGAAAUUGCAAUCAAGAUUGGAAGAGGAAGAAGAAGCCAAGGCAGCUUUAAUGGGAAGAAUACAACGACUGACUAAACUAAUCUUAGUGUCCACGAAAAAUACUAUCCCACCAAGCAUAUCUGAACGACCUACUCAUAGACGGAGACAUUCUUUUGGGGAAGAUGAGCUUGCAUAUCUGCCUGAUAAGAAGCGGGAAUACCUGGUUGAUGAUGAUGCUGGAAGUUAUGCUUCUGAGCUUUCAGUGGAAGGAAGGGAUGAGAUCACUAAUCUAGAUGAGUUGGUCAAAGAUUACAAAAGAAACAAGAGACGCGGAAUGCUUGGAUGGUUUAAACUGAAAAAACCUGAGAAUGUUAUUGGAUUAUCACCUAGUGCUGAUAGUGAGAGCUCUACAAGUGGGUCACCAGCACCUUCUUCAAAAUCUUCUCAAAAUAGAGUCAAAUUCAGUGAUUUGAAGGAUGGAGGAAGAAAGUCUGUCAGUAGAAGGGGAGAUGAUUAUACCAUUAUUGACCCAUUUCCGGAAAGAACACAAGCAGGUGAUUUGUUUGGUGCGGCUUUUGGAGGUCACCGUUUGCCUCGGACGGGGUCCACUAUUACAGAUCAAAUGGAUCUUCUUCGCGAGCAAGUGAAAAUGUUAGCUGGGGAGGUGGCAUUGUGUACAAGUUCUCUAAAAAGACUGUCGGAGCAAGCGGCUAGAAACCCUGAAGAUUCACAGCUGAGGGAACAAAUGCGAAAGUUGAAGGGCGAAAUUAGUGAAAAGAAGCUUCAGAUACGUGUUCUAGAGCAACGUAUGAUUGGAUCCCUUGAGAUGACUCCACAAAUGUCAAAUAACAGCGAAAUGUCUCAGGCUCUGUCCAAGCUUACUACACAGCUAAAUGAGACAACUUUUGAACUUGAGAUUAAGACAGCAGACAAUAGGAUACUUCAGGAGCAACUACAAAUGAAGAUUUCAGAGAAUGCAGAAAUGCAAGAGACGAUUCUUCUGCUAAGACAACAGCUCAAUUCACAACAAAUUUCUGAUAGCGACGCUACCAGACUAGAGACAUGUUCCAAAGAACUAGUGCAAAAGAACAAUGAAGAAGGAGAAAGGUUUGGUCUGUGUCAAGAAACUUGUGCUGAUGAAAAUACACCAACCAGUGUGAUGAGCUUAAACAGAAUCCUUUCCCUUGAGGACUCCAAAGAGUGCAACAAAGAUGCAUUUUUGAAUUCCCAAAUCCAUGUACAGGCUUCUGAAAUAGAGGAUUUAAAGCAAGACAAGGUGAAACUUUCUGAGGAAAAGGAGGGGCUUGAAGUUCAGAAUAUGAAACUUUCAGAAGAAGCAUCAUAUGCUAAAGAGUUGGCUGCAGCUGCAGCAGUUGAGCUUAGAAACUUGGCUGAAGAAGUAACCAAGCUUUCUUAUGAAAAUGCAAAGCUGAUUGGUGACCUGGCUGCUGCAAAAGAGGUUCAGUGCCAAUCAAACUGUUGUCAGAGGCCCACUUCAUAUGAUUUUAAGCGAAAUAACGUAAAUGGAGCUCGAGCCGGAGGCCAUAAAAAGCCAGAGGAUGUAGUUUUGGUUGAGGAGCUACAAGGGGAACUUAGUGCAAGAUGUCAAAGAGAAGCUGCUCUGGAAAAAGAACUAUCUGAAAGAGAUCAGAUAGAAGAUAAUUUACGAAGAACAUUAGACAAAGUAAAACAACGUGAAGUUGAUUUAGAAAAUGAGCUGGCAAAUAUGUGGGUGCUGGUUGCAAAGUUGAGAAAGUCUGGCAUUAAUACCGAGGAUGUGUCACUUCAAGGGGUUCAUGUACCUGAAAGUUCACGUAUAAGAGUUAGAAAUGGGUUUCCGCCAUGUAAUGUUCAUUCAGAUGUUAUGUUCAAAGACAAUGAAAUCCAUGAAAACCUGAACGAGGUGGGCACAUUAGAAGAUUUAAGAGCCAGCUAUCAGAAAGAAAGGAGAAAAUGCAAAGAGCUAGAAUGCUAUAUUUCUAGACUGAAGGGUGAAGAUGUUGCUGGCCUGGAUGUUACAGCUCUUGAAGAAUUGCAGAACCUUCAUGUUGAGGCUAUAACGAAGAUUUGCCAUGCAAAGUUUUUUCAACUCAUUGCGCGAAUCGUGUCUUUUAGCACGCUGAGCUCAAACAUCAUACAGAAUCUAUUGACGCAUGGAUUUAGAUAUUUCAGAAUGGGAACAGUAACCGGAUUGAUUUAUGUCUCCAAUUAUUGGCUUCCAGGCACAAAUCAAGGAAGAGCUUAG